CAAGUUUCGUCCUCAAGUUCCACCAUGGAACAGCCCAGCUCAGCGAGGCCGUCGGGUGACUUCUCAUCCAAUCCACUCUCGUCCGGGCCGAUUCCGACUUUCGAUGUACACCUGCGCAUUCUCAACGACUCAAUCAUUGCCUUUUUCCAGGAAAGGUCUCUCGUAAAGCGGAUCGAAGAGGUUUAUGUGGACUCGUUGAUCAAACUGCACAAGAAGAUCAAGGCCGUCGACGCGUUUCUGGACGACAGGGUAGACGUCAGUACAGCGAGAGGAGCAUGGGCUGAGAUCAGAGACAAUAUUGACCGAGAGUCUCAAACGCGACAGGCAUUCCUCGCCUCACUAUCCGUCGAUGUCAUAAGCCCAUUAACCACGCUGAAAGAAACCCAAGAGCGAACGCGUAAGCGAAUCAAGGAGGACUUGAAGGACUCUGGCAGCGCGUAUAACGACUUUUCUGAGAACGGUUUACCGCGGCUCAAGGCGAGGUACCUGAAGAAAUUCGUUGAAGUAGAGGAAACCAAACGCGCGGCCGCAGCCGCACCGUUACCGCCCAUGUCACCGCCACCAUCCAGCGUGGAGCAUCACAUCAACUCGAAUCCGAAACCCACGCCUAGUGUUCCCCUGCGAGUGACGUCUCCUCAGCCAUUGCGGGCGCUCGAAAGGAGGCCAUCCGGAAGCGCCCCCAGUGGACGGAACCGAUCGCCAUCGUCGAACACCGCGUUUUCAGAUUUGGCGCAGCAGGGUAAGAAACAACUCAACCAGUUGCGCGGAUUUCUAGAGAAGAGUGGGACUGUGAAAGAGGGAGCUGGGAGGGAAGGACAUGCUUUGAAGGCUGUGCGCGCGAAGAGGGAAGCAGACGACGCAGGCAUGUCUUCCACUUUUGAUUUCUCAUUAUUUUUUCUCACCUUGCUGCUCGCAGACAAGGAGUAUCGUAACGGGGUGCAUUGGCUCGAAACUUUACGCCUUCGUCGUGCAAAGAUAUUGGAGAGUGGAUACCGGAGUUUGGAGCACUUCAUAUUCGACUCGUCAACGUUGCUCAAGCAGAUUCUCGAAAAGUACACCGACAACAUGAUUGCAACAAGCACAACUCAUACCCAGCUCUCGUUGCAUGCUCGGGCGAUAGUGGAUAAGAUCAACCCCGAGUUAGACAUGGCGAGGAUAUCGACCCAUAUCAAUCCAUUACUUGCCGCGGCGAUUCCCGACAAAAUACUAUACCAGCACGGUCACGUGGGCGAAUGCAGCGAUCUCAUUUUUGGAUUCAGCCUUGUGGACUACGCCACAGCCAUAAUCUACGCGAAGGAGACGCACCCAAGAUCGUCCAAAUUUGCAUACAAGAGAUCGAUCAGCGAGGGCUUGAGGCUGAAGGCAUUUAUCGGGUGUCCGGUCGACAUGCUGUUGUUCAAGUAAUGCAACACGAAAUCGAACGUGAUGAGUCCAAAUUUGUGCUCAGACCCAAAGAUGACAUUUAUGCCGUUGCUUCUCUGUUGAAGUUGUAUCUCCGGGAACUGCCGGAACCUGUGUUCCGGAUGCCACUCCAAGAGCGGCUACAGCACACCGAGGACAGAGUUGAGCACAUUGGCAACAACUUUAGGCUCAUUCGCUCCAAGCUGAGAAGACUACCGCCUGUCCAUCAAGCCACAUUGAAGGCAAUAUUGGAACACCUGACUCGCGUUGUGGCAUUAAGCGAGAAGAACAAGAUGGACGCCAAGAAUCUGGCUAUCGUCUUCGGACCUGUUAUAUUCGGAGAAGACGAUAUUGCUAGGGGCGGCAAUGAUCUCCUUGCAUUGCAGUCGUUCAAGGAUACUCUCAUGGAAGACCUGAUUCUUUAUGCGCCUUUACUGUACGACGAUGACCAUCAGCAUUCACCGCAGCUUCCUGCGACGCCGGCCGGAGAGGAACCGGAGAUAUAUUACGGUUCCAAGCUAACGCAGGUCACCACGGUCCCCGCGUCUCCAAUCAAUCGCGCGGGAACUGCCUCCCCACAAGACUUUACACCGCGGCUCCCCAGUCGACCACCCAACAGCAUUCAUCCAUCAGCCAGGGCGAAUCCGCCACCGUCUCCAACCAAGGAUCGGAUGUCUCGGACGUCUCUGGAUCCGGCAUCCGCCGCGGCCAGACCUGCUGAUCCAUCGUACUCGCCAGCGACGUCGACGACAACGCUGGACACCGAGCCGUCCUAUCGCACCUCUGUAGACUCGAGCGAUAAUUCGCAGCCACCGUCCGCGCGACAAUCCAUUCAGUUCCCCACCACGUCCCCACAUCUUUUACCAUUGGAAACGCUUCCAGAGCAGUAGCCUCUCGUGAUCUGUGUCUGCUUGUAAUCAGUAGUUGUCAAUGUUGUAUCUCGAGAUUGGAUCACACCGGCGUUCAAUAUCCCACAAUCUAUCUGUCUAUUGAAUCUAUCUAACUAUCUAUCUAAACACGGACAAGUCGGGGCUGUAUUCGGGGGAGCCACAGGCCCAUACGUAACUGAAUCAUAGCUGGCCGGGCAUUACAUACAUUUACAGAUUGUUUGUACAUUGUUGGAUGGUAUGGAGUAGGAAUGCGUAUGUGAAUGGAAGACAACAAGAAGAGCGCGAGUUAUUUUAGGCGGAGAACAAAAGUUCUGCCACACAAGUUUGAGCACUGGAAGCUGAUGCUGAGAAACGGGGUGCACUGACUUGAACACACGGUCGAUGCGGAAACUGUUUCGUUUUGUCUUCUUUCCUGUAGUAGCGGAGACCAUCUUCUCAGCUAUCGGUUGCUCCGGUCGCGCGGGAGGGGGCACUGCAGCCAGGACAGGCACCACAAUCUCCGUCACUUCUAACACUAUACUCUCCUGGCUGCCGGCUUUCCCGUCUAUCAGACAUCCAUGUCUUCAAAUGACAGGACUGGCGACACCCUCAACGGGCUCUGCCUGACUUCUAAAAUUCUGGCGGCACCGCCACCGCCAGUGCGUCGGCGACAGUCCUGCCCGGGGCUAGGACUUCGUCGCCGCCGCCGCGACCGCGACCGGUAAGCCAGUCUGCGCAGCGCUUCCCCCGACUCCUCGUAGACGUGAGGCGCAAUCCCGCUGAUGAGGUCUCGAGACGAGGGGCGGAAGUUGAGCAGCGACGCCAGCUGCGAGUGUGCGUACGAGUCCGCAGCCGAGGGGACCGCGGAGGGAAGUGCCCCUGGAGACGAUGGUCGAUCGAUGGGUGUGGGCGGUCGCGGGUACAUGGACAUGGUCGUUGUAGCGGAAAGGGUGAGAGAGAGAGAGAAACGAGUGUGGGAGCAAGUGGGAUGCUGUUCUUGAUAAAAAAGACGCGAGGCGAGGUGAGUGAAUGCGCGUGUAGGCACUGAUUGUAACCGGUCGCCGAAGAUGGAUAGGACUAGCUUCGCUCUAGAUCAAUGGGGGUGUUAUCUAGUGAGGUGAGAGCCUUAUGUAGUGCGAUUCGGAGAAGGACAACUUCAAGGGACAAGGCCAGUCUCGCUUGCUUCCGGGCCCGAUUGUUUCAAUGUCUUCUCCGUCAGCCGUGCUCUCGCCGAUUCGAAUCAUGCAUCAUCAUGCCUGGUGUAUCAGCAUGUCAGGGACCACCGCCUGUCGUGACGUUAUCUGCUCAGGCUGUUCCAUGCCGAGCACGUGUGUGUGCGUUGUCUUCCCACUAACGGUGAGCCAUCCCGCUCCGAAUGUCAUGGACGUUUUCAUCGAUCAUCGCGGCUUUGUACCCUUUGUUGGCGGUCGCUUCCCAAGAUAGAAAGAACGGAUCAGAAGGUGAGGUAGAGUGCAGAGAGGAGAGGGAGUGGAGGGAGUGGGAAGCAGAAGAUGUGCAUAGCCGAGCCCGUGUGAGAUACGCGAGCAUCGGUCCCCCAUCGAACUCCAGUCAAUGAAGGCCGAAAUGGAUGAAUAUCCAAGUUUGGAACGAAGCGCGGCUGCUCAAAGGGAUGUGAUGUACAUGACUGGAGGCACAUCGCCACACUAGUCAUAAUAGUCAGUUAUUUUUGCGUUUAUUGGGUGGACUUUGAACGGGGUCUCGACUCACCUUGAGUCCCAAACAUGCAGCGCCACGUUCCCCUAAGGCGAAUUUCGCUCAUCCCCUCUCUCCGCAUGGCGAGAGCACUGUCUAGUGCUUCCGGAAUACUAGUCCUCUUCGGCUGCCAGUUGAGUUGGUUUGGGAAGAACUAGGGCUCAGACUAGAAAUGCGACAGGAGCCAACGACGAGAAUACAUCCUCUUCGCCUUAGGCGGUGACACAAGCGGUGGCAGAUCUCUUCGCGAAUCGAGCGGACGCAGCUGUCCGCGACAGA